AUGGAUGCCUUGCAUUAUGAUCCGAUGGCUAUGGAUGGGGAGCCGGAGCAGCCCCAGGUCAAGAUUUCAGCGGCCGAUAGCACACGCGUAGACUUCGAGCUCUCAAGAACGAAUCUGCCGUUCGCCAACGCCCUGCGACGAAUCAUCCAGGCAGAAGUGCCGACAAUCGCCAUCGACUUGGUUGAAAUCGAGGUCAACAGCUCGGUCUUGGCCGACGAGUUCAUCGCACAUCGACUUGGCCUCAUUCCUCUCGACUCCAAGGGCGUCAACGAGCUCAAUUAUUCCCGUGACUGCGACUGCGAACAGUACUGCGAGCAAUGCAGCGUCAGCCUUACGCUGCACGCAAAGUGCACAAGCGACGAAAUCAUGAAGGUCUACGCUAGGGAUCUUGUUGCUGAUGGACGUCAUGCGAACUCGGUUGGAACUCCCAUCAUUACCGAUCCGGAAGGUCUGGGAUGCUUGAUUGCCAAGUUGCGGAAAGACCAGGAGCUCAAGAUUACGUGCAUUGCGAAGAAGGGCAUUGCCAAGGAGCACGCAAAGUGGAUGCCAACGUCGGCUGUUGGCUUCGAGUACGACCCUCACAACAAGCUUCAUCAUCUCGACAUGUGGUUUGAAAACAAUACCGACCCGGAGAAGGAAUGGCCUAAGAGCAAAUAUGCUCAAUGGGAGGAACCCCUCCAAGAGGGUGAGCCCUUCGACUAUGACGCAGUGCCGAAUCGAUUCUACUUCGAAGUUGAGGCGUCAGGAACCAUGGAACCAGAUUUGAUUAUCCAAGGAGGCAUUCGAGUUUUGCAGCAAAAGAUUGGAGGGUUAUUAAAGGGACUCGACCCCAGGAAAUACGGCGGCGACGAUGCCGACAUGGACGGCCCCCGAAGCCCCGAUAUGAACAUGGACGGCGGCACUACGCCGUGGCAAGAUGGUGGAUACACAACUCCUUACGGAAACAACACGGCGUAUGGAGGUGGAAACACUGCCUACGGAGGAGGACCUUAUAGCCAAGGCAGCUCUUGGCAGUAA